GUACAGGUCACUUCCGUCUACAACAAGGAACAGUCCGAUCCGCCCAUGCGCAAACACUGUUUCCAGUACACCAUCCGGAUUACCAACAACUCUCCCACUGACACCAUCCAGCUGCUCGGGCGCCGCUUCGAAAUUCAAACCGUCGGGUCCAGUAUGAAGGACGUUGUACAAGGCGAGGGAGUCACUGGACGUACCCCGGUGCUCAAGCCUGGCGAAGUCUUUGAAUAUACGUCGACGGCGCCGCUUUCGGUCCGCCCGAUCGGCACGACGGAA